CAAACCAAAGCUCACAAAGUCCCCUUAACACUUGAGGGGCUCCAGACCAGCACUUUACCCUGCAACAGGACCAGCAGUGGGCGAGUGAGCGAGAGUAGAACCUCAGUCAGUACCUCAGUCAGAACCUUAGUCCAUCCCCCCUCCCACAGUUGAGAGGGGGGGGAAGAUGGCAGCGCUCGCCAGCUCUCUGAUCAGACAAAAACGGGCGGUGAAGGACGACCAGGCCAACCGGCCAAUCGCCAACAAGCGCAGGCCGUGCCCCAAGAGCAACAAGUCGCUGUGUCAGAAACAGAUCCUCGUCCUCAUCUCUAAAGUGCGACUAUGUGGAGGACGACGCGGGAGAACCGACAAGAGACCAGAGCCUCAGCUAAAAGGUAUUGUCACACGCCUGUACAGUCAGCAUGGUUUUUACCUCCAGAUGCAACCAGAUGGAACCAUGGACGGCACAAGGGACGAGAGCAGCUCCUUCUCUCAGUUCAACUUGAUUCCUGUGGGUCUGAGGAUUGUGGCCAUUCAGGGGGCGAAGACAGGGCUUUACUUGGGCAUGAACAGCGAGGGCUACCUCUACACCUCUGAACACUUUAACCCAGAGUGUAAGUUUAAAGAGAGUGUGUUCGAGAACUACUACGUGACGUACUCGUCCAUGCUGUACCGUCAGAGCCAGUCGGGUCGCUCGUGGUACAUUGGCAUCAACCGCGACGGACAGGUCAUGAAGGGCAACCGGGUGAAGAAGACCAAAGGUGCCGCCCACUUCCUCCCCAAGGUCAUCGAAGUUGCCAUGUAUAAGGAACCUUCGCUGCACGAGCUGGAGUCGGAGCAGAGCCCGCCUCGAAAGACAGCCAAGACGUCGGACUCGCCGCAGAAUGAACACAACGUGGCGCAAAGAUCCGACGCCUCCUUAUAACACAGGGAGCUCAGAGGGAGAGGGAGGCACAACUCAGAGAACUCCAACAACUCCAGGAUUUCCCAUCAUGCACCACGGCAGGAAGUUUUCCGAUUCUGGGAGGUGUCACGGUGGGACCUGAGAGAGGAGAACCCCACGUCUUCCUUCCUUCUGAUUCAACAUGAGCUUCCUCAUUACACUUUUACACUCCAAUUGCCCAGCAUGCAACAAUCCAGCAGAACAAGAUGGCCACCAUCUGCGGGCUUCAACUCUUCCUGAUAUGUUGUUUAUUUUUACGUUUGUUGUUUAUUUUUCCAUAUUUUGUUUGUACUGAACAUGAAGUAUAUGUGUGUGUGUGAGAGAGAGAGAGAGAGAGAGAGAAAGAGAGAGAAGUGUAAAAAUUAGCAUCUAGUGAUUAGCAUUAGCACUAGCAUCCAUCAGCAUAAGGAGGUGCCGUCUCUGCUAAGCAGCAUCUCAGAUAUGAUUCUCCAAAACAGAUCUAAUGUCUCUGUGCUCUCGCAUCACAUCAUCAUAACAUCCUCAACACCAAAUAAGGAGUUCGCACUUUGGUGACUUUAUACCAAGAAGAAAAUAACUUGGAGACCAAACACAUUUAAGUUUUUUAAUUUAAUUACCAUGUGGCAGAAAUAAAAACUGGAUAAACGGGUGAUACAUUUAACAGACAAUUUUUCUUUUAAUAAUUUUGUACAAUCACAGGCUAAAACAGAAUUAUAUUUUUGUCAGAAAGGAGUUCCUGUGCACCGUAUUCAUUCGCUAGCUAGCAAUAAUCUCCUGGUUACUAAACUUUCCCCAGCUAGCUACUUUCUAUUUCUUAUUAACGGUACGUCUUCAUUAAUAAAAGCUUAAUCAAGAGCAAGUAUUCAUUUAUUUUCAACAAAAUAGGGUGUCCAUGGUUAGCCAAGAUAGCUAAAAAGCCAUAACCUCCUGUGGUAACUUUAGCUAGCGCCAAAUGCUCCUUCUCUGAGAUGUUAAAUGAUAAAUCGUAGCUUUUUACCCCCAGUGGAAAACAUCAGGAUAAAUUCAGCUAGCUGCUAGCAGUAAACGCUAGCAGGAAUGCUAGUCAGCUCUCCGUUCUCUCUCCGCUCUAUUUGUCUUUUUUAUUUAUUCCAUACUCUCUCCAUCACCCGGGGAAGAAGA